AUGACAACCAAUUUUAUAAUCAACGGUACACCCUAUACAGCUAAGCUGUCCGAUCUGCCAUCGGAUAUUACUUUGAACACCUUUAUUCGAGAACAUGCGGGCCUGCCGGGUACUAAAUUUAUGUGCCAGGAGGGCGGAUGCGGUGUAUGCAUUUGCGUGGUUACAGGUAAACACCCAGUCACAGCGGAAAUUCGUACGUGGGCCGUCAACUCAUGCUUGACAUUGCUGAGUACCUGCGCCGACUGGGAGAUAACCACUACUGAAGGCAUUGGCAACAAACGCGAGGGUUACCAUCCAAUUCAGCAGCGCUUGGCCAAGAUGAACGGCACCCAAUGUGGUUAUUGUUCGCCUGGUUUCGUGAUGAAUAUGUAUGGCUUGCUGAAAUCGAAGGGCAACACAAUUACCAUGGAAGAGGUGGAGAAUUCAUUUGGUGGCAACAUUUGCCGUUGCACUGGCUACCGCCCCAUACUGGAUGCCAUGAAAUCUUUUGCAGUCGAUAGCAAUAUUGAGAUACCCGAUGAAUGUCGUGACAUUGAAGACCUGAGCAAUAAAAUGUGCCCGAAGACUGGCGUUGCUUGUAGCGGCGCUUGUAAUGGCCUGAAAAAACGUUCGCCGAUCGAAUAUGACGAUGGUGGUCAAUGGUUCUGGCCAAAAUCAUUAGCUGACGUGUUCUCUGCCAUCGACCAAUCAAAUGGCUCCAAUUAG